UGUAAAGUAUAGGACAUUAUAUGCAUGUAAAGUAUAGGACAUAAUAAUUCCUCAUACAUGACCUACUUACUUGUUUUCCCGCCAAAUUGGAACAUUAUUCUGUGAUUUCAUCAUUCGAAACGUUUGGUACGAGGCUUUUAAUACAACUGCAUCAGGAUGUUGUCAGGCACCGAUACAUGUAUGAAUAAUGACAAUGCUGAAACUUGCAUACCGAAGAAAGAACCUAUGAAGACACAAAAACAUGAUGAAAUGCAGUACCUGGAGUUAAUUCAACACAUCAUUGAUCAUGGGUCAAAGAAAGAGGACAGAACAGGUACAGGAACCCUCUCCAUUUUUGGAGCCCAGAUGAGAUUUAGUCUACGUAACAAUGUAUUUCCUCUUCUAACAACGAAGAGAGUGUUUUGGCGUGGAGUCGCUGAGGAGCUUCUUUGGUUUGUCAGUGGUUGUACAAAUGCAAAUGAGUUGAGCAAGAAGGGAAUUCAUAUCUGGGAUGCAAAUGGUUCAAGGGAAUUUCUUGACAAACAAGGUUUGCAUCACAGAGAAGUUGGUGACCUUGGUCCAGUUUAUGGAUUUCAAUGGCGUCAUUUUGGUGCCACCUAUGAUAACAUGCAUACAAACUAUGAUGGCCAAGGAGUGGAUCAGUUGGCUGAUGUGAUUCACAAGAUAAAAAAUAACCCUGACAACAGGCGGAUUAUAAUGUCAGCCUGGAAUCCUGUUGAUUUACCUAACAUGGCUCUUCCGCCAUGUCACUCAUUUGUCCAGUUCUAUGUCUGUAAUGGAGAACUUUCCUGUCAGCUUUAUCAAAGAUCUGGGGACAUGGGUCUUGGAGUACCUUUUAAUAUUGCUAGCUAUUCACUGCUGACCUACAUGAUUGCCCAUGUCUGUGGUUUGAAGCCUGGUGACUUUGUGCACACGCUGGGAGAUGCACAUGUGUACCUGAAUCACAUUGAAGCUUUGAAGAAACAGCUUCAAAGGGAGCCUCGCCCAUUUCCAACCUUAGAGAUUGCACACGAUGUCCCAGAUAUUGACAGCUUCUCGCUUGAUAAAUUUAAGAUCACUGGAUAUGACCCACACCCAACUAUCAAAAUGCAAAUGGCUGUCUAAAGUUCAAUGCAAUUGUGAAUACAUUACUCUUUAAAUUAAUCUUAAUAGGAACAUGUGUUUGUUAAAAGAAUACUGCAUUAUAUAUGAUUGUUAAAUCCCUCAGGGUUUCAAGCUAAACUUCUUUAAAGUUGCCAUUUGGCAACCUUAAAAUUAGAGAAUGGUCCUUGAAAAAAAAAAAACGAAAAGGAAAAGAAAAGGAAGAAGGACAUUUUGUCAAAUAUUGCACACUAUUUCAAGCAAGAACUGAUCUCAUUUGAUACUUAAAAUCAUACACUGAAAAUGAAAAUGUUACAAUUUUGCAAACAAGUAUUUUUCUAGAAUAGAGUGUACACUUUCCUAUUUCUGCACAGUUGGUAUUAAAAGUGAUCUCUUUUUUU